AUGGAAGACGCUCUGAGAGACGCAGACGAGGCAGGGAAUGAUAAUGAUGCCGAUGGAGACGCCGAGGCCGAUCAAGAUGCGGAAAGCCCGUCGAAUACCAGCCACGCAUCCGAAGGGCCUGGUAUCGCAUCUCAAGCCAAUCCCGAUAUGCCAGUGACCUCCCCUGACUCCACAAACAUCAUUUCCGACUUGACCUCCGUCUUUCACCCUCCAGUUCGUCCGGAAUGUCUAACAGCAUCCACUUACGACAUAGUACCAACCACGGCCGCACCUCACAGUACAUCCAUAAAUGCAGUAACAGCGACAGCCGACAUGCGAUGGGUGUUUAGUGGAGGGUCUGAUGGAUAUGUGCGAAAGUUCAAUUGGGUGGAUUCGAUCAACAGCAAACUGAUGCUGACCGUGGCGCAACGACAUCCCUUCGUCGAUAGCGUAAUGAAGGCGGGCGUGUUGAUGACAUAUUGGGAGUGCAUGGAUGGCAAUGCAGUGUCACCAGUCUAUUCUCUAGCCAGCCAUAGCGAAGGCCUAUGGCUAUUAUCGGGGUUGGAGUCAGGCAGUAUCCGUCUGCAGUCAGUUCGUCAUGAUGAGGGAAAAGAGAUUGCUCUCCUGCAACAGCAUACUUCGGCCGUCUCGGUACUGCAACUCACCCCAGACGAGAAGUCCUUGCUAUCUGGUAGUUGGGACAAGCGAGUGUUUGACUGGGAUUUGAAUACUGGACAGACGCGGCGUGUCUUCGGUGCCAGCGCCGGGCAAAUUGCGGCGAUCGAGAUUCGGCCAGAAUCCACAAUCCCUGUUCCAAAAGAUACAUUAGAGCUACCUCAGACGAAUGGCACCUACUCAUCAAACUAUCAUGCCAGCGGAACUGACAGCUUCAAUUUCAUGGAUACAUCGAACGAUUUAGGUGAAGGUGGCGCUGCUGCAAACUUGCAGGCGGGAUCCCCAGCAGAUUCACUCUUUGGUGCCGCCGAUUCAUUAUUCGGAGAUGCAGAUGGCGGGGGUGGUGAAGGUGGGGGUGCAUCGGGAAACGCGUUUGGAAUAGACGAGGAUGAUGAGUUCGGCAAAGCUCUUGCCAACGGCAUUCUUCCGGAUGCUGAUGCCGAUGCAGAUGCACCCGGCGAGCCCGACGUGAUGGAUCAACAAAAUGGGACUACAGAGGGCAACGCAAGUGCAGACGCUACCAUGACGAACCCAAAGAGCGAAUCUCUGGACACUAGUAUAAAUGCUCCGUCGCAACCAGUGACGAACGGCCUACCACACGCGGAAGAAUUAAAGCCACCUUCACAGGCGCAGGAGUCUGCUGCAUCAACACAACAAGAGUCGAGUGUAGUAACAGACCACACAUUCCUUGCCGCAUCCAUCGACGGCACAAUCAGAGUAUGGGACAGACGGCAAGCAGACCCCAUUGCUCGGAUCACACCCUAUAACUCUCCACCUUGGUGCAUGAAUGCAUGCUGGUCUCCGGACGGGAAUUAUAUUUAUGCAGGGCGUCGAAAUGGAACUGUGGAGGAAUUCAGUCUCCAUAAAGGUUUACGAGAGCCUGAGAGGACCUUCAAAUUUCCCCAGGGCAGUGGACCGGUGACAGCGCUCAAAGCGAUGCCCAAUGGGCGACAUAUUGUCUGUGCGUCGCAUGAUAUUCUUCGAUUAUACGAUUUGAAACACGAACAAGUCAGCCGCCAUUCCACGGUACCUUUUCUCAUCAUCCCUGGGCACCGCACCGGGACUAUAUCACAACUGUAUAUUGAUCAGGCUUGUCGUUUUAUGAUCUCGACAAGUGGUAAUAGAGGCUGGGAAGGCAAUACCACCGAGGUUUUGCUAGGCUAUGAGAUCAACGUUCCUCGAUAA